ACCACGGCAUUUAUAAUGUCAUCUGUACAGCGGGCUUUUACUCAGAAAUUGAGUAAACAGCAUGCAGCUGAUGUUAGACGUCAAAUUGCUACUUCUACCUCAUAUUCUCGGGAUCUAUCAAAAAGUGGCAGCACAUUCUCAGGCUUUUCUUCUACGAUGUCACUGUGUGAGGUACUAGAGCCACUAGAUUAUGAAGAGUUCUUGGCUCAACAUCAGUCAGUUCUUGAUCGUGAUCCCCUUAAAUCAAUAUUAGAUUUUCCACCUGGAGAUGUGGAAUUAAAAGUUGUGCAAAGAAAAAUCAGAACAGAGGAACCAGUUGUGCCUCAUGAAUCUUUAGAUACAGUAUCUCCUUAUGUGAAAAGAUGUAUCGAUAGUUUUACCUCAGACUGGGUAAUAGUACACAGAAAGUAUAAACGUAGAGUUUCUCCCAUAGCAAGAGAUAGACUACUUCAGGAUACUCCAAGACAAGAUUUUGAGGUGGAUCAAGAGGAUACAAAUGGAUCAGGAUCACCUAAUGAAGAAGAGGACCUGUCUAAUUGUGGAGAUACACCAAGAGGAUCCUGGGCAAGUUUGGAUUUGAGGCAUUCACAACAUGAUCCUCUUCUUCCAAGCUUAUUGGACAGAGUGUGUCCAGAAACCAUUGACCAAAUGAAUGAACAAAAACGAUCAGAAGAUCGUCAAGAAGCAUUAUUCCCACUCUAUGCACCCCCAGCUUCUCCAGAUGAUGAAUGGCAGGAGAUUGGUGCAGCACCAGAACCUACAGAACCCUUUUCUCAUAAAAUUCUUGUAAAAUGUCUUCAAUUAAAGUUAGAAUUGGAGGUUGAACCUAUAUUUGCAAGUUUAGCAUUAUAUGAUGCCAAAGAGAAGAAGAAGGUAUCUGAAAAUUUUUAUGUAGACAUGAAUUCAGAAAGCUUAAAGAAGAUGCUUAGUGGACACAUUGCAUACAGUGAUGCCAGCACUCUGGCAAGAAGUUGUGUUAUGAGUAUCAAUAAACCCAGUCCAGAUUUAUUUUUAGUUGUUAGACUCGAAAAAGUAUUACAAGGCGAUAUCUCGGAAUGUGCUGAACCAUAUUUACGCGAAGAUAAAAAUAAAGAAAAAGUGAGAGCAGCUGCUGUAGCUGCGUGUGAACGUUUGGGUCGGUACAGAAUGCCAUUGGCAUGGACAGCUAUUCACCUCUCUGCCGUGAUAGGAGGUGGUGGAGAUACAGAUAGCACUGGAAGUGCUGGAUCUUUAGACAGAAAAUCUGGAGGAUUAGAACAGUGGCGUAAAAAGGUGGAACCACCAGCUAGAAGAGGUUCCUUAGAAAGAAGGAGUUCCGAUAAAAGACGUAGUUGGUCGCCAGACGACUUUGCCAAUUGUCUUGAUACAUUUAGGCCUAUCACGUUGACUGUUUCGAGCUUCUUUAAACAAGAAAGUGAACGUCUGAGGGAUGAAGAUCUAUACAAACUUUUAGUUGAAUUACGCCGACCUGGCUCUAAUUUAAAACGACUCAAAUGUCUACCAGGCAUAUUAAAACUGGAUCUCAGUCCUAGACCCGAAGAAUUACCUAGAUGCUUAGAUCCUGACCUUAGAAGACUAGUGCCAUAUCCUGAUGAAAAGAAUCGACCAGUCAAAGAAAUACUCGAGUUUCCAAGUGAAAUUAUUUCGCCAGAUUUGACAUACCGAAAUAUUUUGUACAUUUAUCCAAAGGAAGCAAAUUUUAGCUCUAGAACUGGCUCUGCACGUAACAUUGCUGUGCGAAUUCAACUUAUGGGCGGUGAACAAGAAGCUGAUGCACUCACAGCCAUUUUCGGGAGAUCAUCGUGCCCUGAAAUGACUCACGAGUGCUUCACUUCCGUGUCUUACCAUAAUAAGAAUCCAAACUUUUAUGAUGAAGUGAAGAUUCGACUUCCUGCUGACUUGAGUGCUAAACAUCAUCUGCUAUUCACAUUUUAUCACAUUAGUUGUCAAAAGAAGGCGGAACAACCAAAUGUUGAGACUGCUGUUGCGUAUACGUGGUUGCCACUCUUGAGAGAUGGACACCUACAAUCAGGGGAGUUUAGUCUACCUGCAAUGUUGGAUCCACCACCAGCUAACUACUCAUACAUUGCACCUGACGUUCUUCUACCAGGUACCAGAUGGGUGGAUGCUCACAGAGGUGUUUUUACUGUGAUCCUAGAACCAGUCUCUAGCGUUCAUCCUCAAGAUAAAUACAUUGAUAGAUUCCUAUCACUGUGUGGCUUCUUGGAAACUGGCCAAGUGCCACCACGUAUUGGUGAAGCAGGAAGAAUGGAGUCGGAAUUAAAAUCAGCCCUGCUGGAAUUGGCAAGAGCAUCUCACUCUGCUUUAGUACGAUCGCUACCUCAAUUGCUGGAUCAAUUAAUAUCCCUAUUAGUAAGGCCUCCAACCUUGCCAUCUCAACCACUGAACGUGGCAGCUACGGUGUUCGAGGCCAUAGGUCUGCUAGUCCGAAAUAUCACUAAUUUACCUGAUGGUCAAUUAGAUCCUCACGGAAGACACGCUCUUCUGGCUACUUACGUUGCUUAUCAGUGUUCUUUACCACAAAUGACGAACAGUCCUGGCAUUGUUCGAGCUCAGAGUAAUCCCGACCUACCUCUAGAGGACUUAGAAAUGGAGGUACACUCCCGAGGACUCGAUCGAACAGCCUCGAUGCGCCAAGAAUCGCCUUCCAUAAAUAGCCAGCCUACCAGAAGACUCCUACACGAGGAAUUGGCAUUACAUUGGGUAGUAUCGACAGGACAGGCGCGAGAAUUGGCUAUCACGUAUUCGUGGUUUUUCUUGGAAUUGAUCGUUCGCUCAAUGGUUGUGACAUUAUCGGAAAUGGGGCUAUUGGACGCUCCACGGAAGUCGAGGUUCUCUCCACAAUUUUGUGACGAUGUGGCUACACUCACUGCAGCUUUAACUUCAGACGUGAUUUCACGUUGUGGGAAAGAAAAUAGAGUACCCAAUAAUUUAAUAUCGAGUCUAGGCAAUUUUCUAUCUGAUUUACUAUCCAUAAUGGAUAGGGGAUUCGUUUUAUCCUUGACUCGUGCUGCCUGUUGCUCUUUAUCGGAUGCAUCUAUGCACAUUCCUGAUUCAGCUGCACUUUACGCCCUGAAAUUGGAUCUUGUGCGAACAGUAUGCUCUCACGAACACUAUGUGGCGCUGAAUCUCCCAUUUGGGACUGGAUACACAUCUGGAUCGGCACCAGCUUCGCCUAGUCCAUCGACUGGAAGCUCUGGCAGUCUGAUAUCCACUCUAGUGCCUGGAGACCGAGCAAGAUUCUCUGAACUCAGUCAGGAAUUUCGGCAGCAACACUUCUUGGUGGGAAUUGUUUUAUCAGAUUUAUCUAACACUCUAGAAAUACCAAAUCCUAUGCUCCAAAACAAAGCCAUUGGAACUGUUAGACACCUGAUGGCAUACCACGACGUUGAUUCACGAUAUUCUGAUCCUGCCGCGAAAGCAAGGGUCGCUGCACUAUAUCUACCACUUCUAAAUAUUAUAAUGGAUGCUCUACCACAGCUCUAUCAUUGGGAUUCGAAAGACAAGAGCGUCUAUCCAGACGAGUCUGGAUCUAUCACGCAAUCUGUGGCUCUAGCCAUAGCUGGUGGUGUUUCUGCAGACACAGCAGGAACCCAAUGCAGAGUUUCCUUGAGUUCAGAGGCUACAAGACAUCUUUUGAUGUGUGUCUUGUGGGUACUAAAAGGAUUAGAACAGUCUGCGUUGGCUCAAUGGUGUUCAGAACUAAGUUCUAGGCGUAUACUGUGUCUUCUUCAAGUUCUCAAUAUUGCCACUGCAGCAUUUGAAUAUAAAGGGAAAAAAGCGCUAAAGAGACUACCACCGCAAGCUGCAGUCACGAGUGAUAUACGAUCUAGAUUGGAGGAUGUGAUUCUUGGUCAAGGAAGCGCAAGAAGCGAGAUGAUGUUGAGAAGAAAAGAAAGAAUGAGUGGGGACAAACUUCGAUGGCGUAAAGAUCAAAUGCCUUAUAGAUCCUGUGAACAGUCAGAAGGAAGAGCUGUGGAACAAGAUGCUCAUAUAGAAGGUGCCUUAGCAGCAGAAGCCUCUCUGGUGGUUCUAGAUACUUUGGAAACAGUUGUUCAAGCUGAUGGAGGAGGAGGUGCAGUUGUAGGAGCAGUGUUGAAAGUUCUUUUAAGAGCAUUAGCAAGAAAUCAGAGCACAUCUGUGUUGCAACAUAUGUUUAAUACUCAACGAGCUUUAGUGUUUAAAUACCACAGUGCUCUGUUUGACGAGGAAAGCGAGAGAUGCGGUGAUCUGUGUUUAACAUUACUCACUAGAUGCAGCUCUCCCUUAAGUGCCGUUCGGAGUCAUGCUGCUGCCAGUCUUUAUCUAUUGAUGAGGCAAAAUUUCGAAAUUGGAAAUAACUUUGCUAGAGUUAAAAUGCAAGUUACUACUUCUCUGUCUGCUCUUGUUGGAAGAGGAAGAGCUCCUAGCGAAGGAGCACUUAGAAGAGCAUUAAAAACAGUACUAGUGUAUGCUGAGAGAGAUACAGAAUUAGUAGAUACAAGUUUUCCAGAACAAGUGAAAGAUCUUUUGUUCAAUCUACACAUGAUACUGUCUGAUACUGUUAAAAUGAAAGAAUUCCAGGAGGACCCAGAGAUGCUUUUAGAUCUCAUGUAUAGAAUUGCAAAGGGAUAUCAAGGUUCGCCAGAUCUUAGACUUACGUGGCUAGCAAACAUGGCUCAACAACACAUGGAAAGAAAGAAUCAUACAGAGGCAGCUAUGUGUUUAGUGCAUAGUGCUGCUUUGGUAGCAGAAUAUUUACACCUCUUAGAACCAGGAGGUGGAGGACGUCCAGUAGGAGCUGUUGCUUUAGCUCCUGUCACUCCAAAUGCUUUAGAAGAGAGUGCUGUGGGUGAUGAUGUGCUGGCAAGAAGAGAGGAAGGCUUGUGUCUAGGACCAGACUUUUCAGAAAGUGGUUUAGCUGGUUUAUUAGAGCAUGCUGCUAGUUCUUUUCAUGCAGCUGGAAUGUAUGAAGCCAUUCCUGAUGUAUACAGAGUGUUGCUUCCUAUAGCAGAAGCUGCUCAUGACUAUAAAAAAUUAGCUAAUAUUCAUGGGAAACUUCACGAAGCAUAUACACGCGUGGAACAAUUAGCUGGAAAGCGAGUGUUUGGAACGUAUUUCAGAGUUGGAUUUUAUGGUGGACGUUUUGGUGAUCUCGCUGGUGAAGAGUUUGUUUAUAAAGAACCAACUUUAACAAAGCUGCCAGAGAUAUUUUCGAGGCUGGAAAAUUUCUAUGCCGAGCGAUUUGGUACAGAGAACAUUGUGAUAAUAAAGGAUUCAAAUCCUGUGGAUCCUAGCAAAUUAGAACCUGAUAAAGCUUAUGUCCAAAUCACAUAUGUUGAACCAUAUUUUGAACCACACGAACUUAGGCAUAGACCAACUAUUUUUCAUAGAAAUUUUAAUAUUAAGCGAUUCGUAUAUGCAACACCAUUUACACCUGGUGGCAAGGCUCAUGGAGAAUUAAGGGAACAGUGUAAACGUAAGACAAUUUUAACAGUAGCUACGCAUUUUCCUUACUUGAAAACGAGGAUUCGCGUGGUUGCUAGGAAACAAAUAGUCCUAAGUCCAAUUGAGGUUGCAAUUGAAGAUAUACAAAAGAAAACUGCAGAGGUUGCAGCAGCUACAGCCCAAGAACCACCAGAUGCAAAAAUGCUGCAAAUGGUCCUUCAAGGUUGCAUUGGUACAACAGUUAAUCAAGGCCCUGCAGAAGUGGCAGUCGUUUUUCUUUCUGGAUUAAGAGAACAGAAUGCACAACCUACUAGACUGCAGCAUAAAUUACGCUUAUGUUUCAAGGAUUUCUCAAAGAAGUGUCUGGAUGCUUUAAGAAGAAACAAAAAUUUGAUUGGACCAGAUCAACGAGAUUAUCAACGAGAACUGGAAAGAAAUUACCAAAGAUUAACAGAAAGGCUUUCUCCUCUUAUUGCAUGGAGUGGACCUUCAUUAGCAUGUCAACAAAGUAUACCAUCAGCAUCACCACGCUGGUAAAAUUACUGAUUGCUGCUAAUUAACAAUUACCAAAGAUCACUGAUGGAAGUAUUUAGUGUUCAUAAAAUAUCAGCAGCAUAUGCUUCUUAUAAUAUUGAAAUAUAGGCAUAUAUAUAU